GUCGAAGGAAAAGUGUUAGACUACUGCACAUAUUGUGCCGAGAGCUGGAGUCAGACAUGUGAAGAAGGAAUAACAGUUGCGUAUAACUCAAGAGGAAGGCCCGGAACAGAGUUGGUUUGAGAAUUCUGGUCUGUGGUCUGUGAUCCAUUACGGGUAACAGGCAUCAUACGAGCAUAUUAGGUACUUUGCGCCGAAUUUAAAUUGCUGCGUUGUAACACAUUGCGGAAUUUACUAACUUCUAGUUUCGACUAUCAGUUUAUCUUGACCUCAUUCUUGUUUUAUUUCUCAUCGCUAUAAAUUACCUUCGCUAAUAAAUUGUUUCAUUAUUAAACGAAGUACGAAGCCUACAAAAUCUCAUUAUCAGACCAGUCGUAAAAUGGUUAUUGAUCCUAGCAACAACUGAAGAUCACUGAGUCUACUGAAUUUGGAAUUAACUAUUGUGUUCAGAUGAUACAUAUGCAUUCAGUGUAUUGAUGCUUAUAUUCUCUCACUAAGAUCUAAGCUGUCCACGCGUAGCUUUCCAUAAUGUCAGUCAUCAUAGUUGGAGGCGGUAUAAUUGGUGUUUCUACUGCUUAUUAUCUAUCAAAGCGAAAAAUUGACACACUAAUCAUUGAAAAGGAACAAAUUGGAUCUGCCGCAUCUGGGCGAGCUGGGGGAUUCUUGGCUAAGGACUGGUGUUCUCAUUAUGAAAUGGAUGUUUUAGCCCAAAAUGGUUUUGAUUUACAUAUGGAAUUAGCAGAUGAGUUCGGUGGUGCAUGUGAUUAUAGACGUGUUAACACAUACUCCAUAUCAUUAUCUCCUGGAAAAUCUUCUGGUUGUUCAGAAUCACCGUCCUGGAUCGAUGCGAAAGUCAAGAGUUGUUCAUUGAUAGGUGAUAUUACAAAUACUGCACAGGUGCAUCCUAAAAAACUCACAGAGGAAUUAUUUCGACGUGCUCAAUAUUUAACGAAUCAAGGAACAAAAGUAAAAAUUGCUCGUGUUGUAGGAUUAGAAUUUUCAAAAUCAAAUACAUCGACUUCUGAAGUUAUCGGUGUUCGGGUAACAGAAUCCUCUUCUUCAAACUAUGAAGUUAUCCCUGCCAGUUUAGUUAUACUUACUACAGGACCAUGGUCAAAAGAAUCUAUUAGUUGGCUUCCGUCAGGAUGUUUAAGUUCUAACAAAUUUCAUGGAAGACGAGCUCAUAGUAUUAUAUUGAAACCGAAAGUAGAAAAUUCACCAAUAGAUGCUAAAUGUUUGUUUAUGGAUUAUCGAAAUUCUGAAUUUUCUUGUUCACCUGAAGUUUAUCCAAGACCUGAUAAUACAGUCUAUGUAUGUGGUCUUGGUGAUGAUGCACCUGUACCAUCUUCAAAGGAUCAAGUUGAAAUUGACAUUUGGCGUUGUAAUCGUUUAAAAGAAAUAGUCACUAGUGUAGUUCCAUCAUUAAAAGAUGCAGAAAUGAUAACAGAAUCUGCUUGUUACUUACCACUGGUGUAUGAUGGUUAUCCAGUUAUUGGUCGAAUUCCUAAUUUAUCUAAUGUUUAUAUUGCCACAGGUAAUUCUUGUUGGGGUAUUCUAACUGGACCAAUUACUGGACGACUGUUAUCAGCUAUCAUUUUAAAAAAUAAUCCUAAUUUAAAACAGAGUACAAAUUCUAAUGUUACUGAUCAAAUGAAAUUAGAUGAAGAAAAAGUUCAACAUAGUUUAUUGCAAAAACCCGGUAUUGAAUUAUUUGAUCCAGUAAGACUGAUAAAAUAAACAAUUAUUUGGUUUUAUAAUAUUUUAAGAACAGAAUGUAUUCUUGCCUUUUUUUUUCUACUGUUCUAUCUUUCUUUUUUUUUUACUAUUUCACUUUGUUGUUAACAUUCAUCUUAUUUGAUGUUUUAAUUUUAUUCAACCAGUACCAGUUAUUUCUCAUGAUUAAAAUUUUUCUUUAACAUAGAUUAUUGUGAUCAAAAAUACACAGAUAUAUCAUUAUUCUUGUCUAAUAAAAAAUUUAUCAUAGGUCAUCCGCCCACAUGUCAGUAUUGUGCUUAUUUGUUUGAGUUUUUUACAAGUGUAUAAUAUAUCCCUUUGAAGUAGUAGUAUUCGAACAUUCAAC